AUGGGGAAAGGACUAGAAAAAGGAAUCCAUGAACAAGUCAGGAAAAAGUACAAGCACCAAAAGCAAGUCAAAAAUCACCUUCCCGACAGCAAUGCAAGAUGGCAGCCACCACGGGCUCGGACAAUUUAUGAAAACCGAAUAUGCAGCCUUAAAAUAGAAUGUGGACCUAAAUACCCAGAAGCACACCCCUUUGUAAUAUUUGUAACAAAAAUUAAUAUGAAUGGAGUUAAUAGUUCUAAUGGAGUGAUGGACCCAAGAGCCACAUCAGUGCUAGCAAAAUGGCAGAAUUCAUAUGGCAUCAAAGUUGUCCUGCAAGAACUUCAGUGCCUAAUGAUGUCUAAAGAAAAUAUGAAACUCCCUCAACUACCUGAAGGACAGUGUUACAGAAAUUAA